GUCGGGGCCGAGGGAGAAGACAUGUUGGCUGCUCGUCAACGUCAUGAUGCUGUGGUUAAUUCGAGGCAGGGGAGAAAAGAGGAGGCCGGAGAUGCUGGCCGCGUCGACCAGCGAGCCGGGCUCGAGGAGAUGUCAGCGGAGCCGAUAACCGUCUUCCUGAAGCUCUGCGCAGCUGCUUUUUAUGGAGUCAGCUCGUUUUUUAUCGUCGUCGUGAACAAAAGUGUGCUGACCAGCCACAGAUUCCCUUCAAUAAUAUUUGUGGGGCUUGGGCAGAUGUUGGCAACAGUGACCCUGCUGUGGGUGGGUAAGGCAUGCAAGGUGGUAAAGUAUCCUGACCUCGACUACAGUAUGCCUCGAAAGGUUUUUCCACUACCUCUCUUGUACUUGGGUAACCAAAUGACAGGACUUCUUGGCACCAAGAAACUGAACCUCCCAAUGUUUACAGUCCUAAGGAGGUUUUCCAUUCUAUUUACAAUGAUAGCGGAAGGCAUAUUGCUCAAUAAGAGUUUCACUCGAUCUAUUCAGAUGACAGUAUUUGCAAUGUUGCUUGGUGCAAUAAUUGCUGCCAGUUCUGACAUGGCAUUUGAUUCUUUGGGAUAUGGAUACAUUCUUACAAAUGAUGUACUAACAGCUGCCAAUGGAGCUUAUGUAAAACAGAAAUUGGAGUCAAAAGAGCUGGGAAAAUAUGGACUGCUUUAUUACAAUGCCCUCUUUAUGAUUUUGCCUUCUUUGGCCAUCGCCUAUUUCACAGGAGAUCUACAGAGGGCAAUUGAUUUUGAAGGCUGGUCAAAUGGAAUGUUUGUUUUGCAGUAUCUGGUGUCCUGCAUAAUGGGAUUUGUUCUCAUGUACUCUACAGUUCUGUGCACACAGUAUAAUUCUGCUCUUACCACCACCAUCGUUGGCUGUGUUAAGAAUAUUUUGGUGACUUAUAUUGGAAUGUUUCUUGGUGGAGACUAUAUAUUCACAUGGACUAACUUCAUUGGUUUAAAUAUCAGCAUUGCUGGAAGUUUGGUAUAUUCCUAUAUUACAUUCACAGAGGAGCAGUCAACCAAGAUACCCAGCAGCAACACUGAAACCAAGGGGAAAAUUGCUGUUUGAGCAGAGCAUCUCGAUAGAUUAACAUUUUUGUUCCUUUUAAUUUCUUUAAGAAAGGUAUCUAUGACUAUAGAUUAAUGUAAUUAUAUGCUGUUUUAAUUUUGGUACAAGUUUGUUACAAUGUUGAUAGACCAAAUAAAGCCAAACUAGCACAAAAUGGCCCAUUUUUAAUAUGCUACAGUUUGGUUUUAAAACAUUAUACAUUCCCCUACAGGUUCUAUUUUGUCUUGGCCCCAAAGUUCCCAAUAGAUAUCUUCACUGGGGCAUCUUAAUCUGUUUUUACAAUAUUUAUUGUUUGUCUGUUUGCACCUCUUUUUAAGAACAGCGAAAGAACAGUACAAUAAUCUGGCUAUCUUAGAGGUAGAUAAUAUGUUCUGCUUACAAUGGUUUUAAUUAAAUGAUGACUGAAUUGUAGAACUACCAAUUUUGAUAACACUUUUAAGUGGAGGAAGUCAGAGUACCGAUAGUUUUUGGCAUCGAUUUAAAAUUUGUACUUGUGGAUUGAGAGGCUGAGGAUAUCUUGGAGCAUUGGGUGCAAGCCAACUAUCUCAUGCACUGUGGCUACCAAAUUUGGUCCAUGAACAGACAUCUUGUAUUCAAUGAAUCAGAUAUUUGUAAGUAAACAAUCUUGUUCAUUUACAGAAAGAAAUGUUGCAGUAAAGUGUGGGAUAAUUUUCUAGGUUUCAAAUGGUAGAAACUGACUUUGGGGAGCAAGAAUGUUGUUGACAUAAAUAUCUCAUUGGUACACCUUGUGCUGAAAUUCCCAGAAAUAGCUUUGCUAGGUACUACAUUUAACAAUACAUUUCAGAUAAUCAUAACAUCACAAGGGUGGUUUUAGUGGAGAAUUGUUUUUUCAAAAUAAAUUUAGUGCUGCAUUUGAACUGCCUUUUUUUAAAUUAAAUAUUUUGAAAUCUGAAAAAAUCCGUCAAACAAUUUAAUGAGUGUUGCACAAGCGAGUUGUGUUAAACACAACUGUGAAUUGUAAGAACAGUUUUGGAACUAACAUUUUUAACAUUAAAGCAAAGCUAUGUAAAAAAUGAAUAGGUGGUGUUUCGGGUUGGGACCCUUCAAAAAAUUGUUUGAUGCUUUCUAAGUCUGCUAAACAAUUGAUAAAAUUGGAAGAUUAGAAAAUGUUGGUUCACAUUAAACCUCUUGGCCCAUUCAGUUGUAACUUUUCAUGAAAUAUUUAAAUAUUUACUUCAAACAACUCAUUCAGUACCUGGAUGAACCAAAGUAUUUAAUAAUUAAUUGUUCUGUACUUCUGACAGGUUGCUUAAAUCUACUGUGUGUUUGUGACAACUUCAUAACAUUUUUAAUAUAAAGCAUGUGGAAUAUAAAGCUUGUAGGAAAAAGUAUGAAUAUGAGGAAUCAAGGAGACAGUUACAUUUGUAAUGUAUGUAUAAGUUUUAAUGAGCAUUUUUAAAUGUUCAAUUUCUGAAAUGCAUAUUGUCAGAAUAUGGCAUUUGUAAAUCAUGUAUGUAAUAAGAUGGAUUGAAAUCGUGAGAUCAAUUGAAAAUCAAUUAGUUAAGUCUACUUUAUGGAAAUAAGAAACGACACCGUCCAGAAUAAUUAACACUUGCUAAAUUGUAGUACCAUUUUGCUUUUGUUCAGCACUAAAUAUGUAUUUUUUAAGGUUGCAACAAGGUUUCCUUUAUAUUUCUGCAUAGUCAGCUAAGUGGUUUAGUGAUUUUCAAAAUGCUUUUAGUACUGAAAAUAUGGUGAUCAGUAAACAUGUAUAGUUUAAUGUAAGUAAACACUGAAGUGCCUAGUCAUUGAAUUAUUUUUUUAAUAUUUGGGUAUUUGUAAUGUGGAUGCAUUUGGAAAAUCUAGAUUUUCUUAAAUUAAUUACUACCGAUGAUGUAUUGCUUGUGCAAUUUCCCAUAAUGUAUAAAGGACGUGUUCUACUUUGUUUUUAAUAGUUGUACUUCAUCCUUUCAUUGAAUGAAAUUUGGAUUUGAAAAAUAUUUUGUAACAAAUACAGCUUUUUUUUUAAACUAA